AUGGAGGGCGUUCUGUGGACGCGCGAAGGACGCAGCAAGCUGCUGCGCGGCUGGCACAAGCGCUACUUCGUGCUGUCCGAGUGCGGCACGCUGCGCGAGUACGCGUCGGACGUGAGCAAGAAGGAACUGCUGCACGGCAUGAUGCUGCGACGCGAGCUGGACGUCCGUGGCGCAGCCGUCAAGACGCUGCCCUUCCCUUUGGUGGGCCGCCACAACGCCUUUCAGGUCACAAUCACUGCGCGCCCAGUAUCGUCUCAGAGCGGCGCGGGAGAGGCUGCAGACGACGCUGCAACGAGUGCAACCAAGUUGGUGCUGAGCGCGCGCCAGGCGGACGACGUCCGCCAGUGGAUGGGCGCGAUCCGCUCGGCCGCGUUGAAGCUGUCGAUCCCUCGGCGGCCGCUGAGCCCCAUGGGCUGGAGCAGAGGCAGCGACUCGAGGGCGUCCGAGGGCAACUUGGAGAGUGAUUUCCUUGACGUGAGGAUGCCCCAGAGAGCGGACAUGGCGCUCUUGAGCUCCGUGUACGAGUGGAUCCACGAGUGUUGUGUCAAGACGUCGCAGAAUUUGACAGUCGCGGGCGUGCACGUGCCUAGAGGGUCCUUAUUGGUCAGUGCCAAUGGUGUUUCACUGCAGACGCUCACGUCAGUUGAGGUGAGGAAGUUGCUGCUGGAGUCCACAGGUCCGUUGCCAGUAUCGCUGAGGUUCCUGAGAAGUCCGGCCAAGUGCGGCGUGCUGCGCGCCAAGCUGUACACGAGUCCGUUGACGCAGUUGAAGUCGCUGGCCAGGUACCGGAAGUCGUCGCGGAUGGACUGGAAGGAGCAGGUGGUGGAUUUAUCGGGGGAUUUAUUGACGUGUCAGCUCAAGAUGAAGACUCCGGUGGCGAUUGGAAACAGCAAGAAGAGCAGUAGCAGCGGCAGUAAGACGAAGCGGGUGCUGCUGCUGAGCAGUGGCAGCUGCGUGAAGCCCGUGCACGAGCUGGUGUCAGAUCGCAAAUUCUGCUUCAUCGUGACGGUGCAGUCGCACUCCAUGUUGUUCCAAGCUCGGUCGGAGGCGGACCGGAGAGCGUGGACGGAUGCAAUACAGCGAGCGAUCACGAUAGCGGAAGGGUUAGUACCGGGAGGAGCCUUGGCCCGUGGAUCUUUUGACCUGGAUGCGCUGCAACUGCAGAGUUCGAUGAAUAUGCGCCAUCUGGACCAAGCGUUUGAAGGCAUGGAGGAGGGCAACGGUGCGGUCGAUUUUGAUGAUGAUUCCGACUUGAGCGAUGAAGAUGUGGAGGAAGAGCUGAGCCCGAUGGACCCCACGCCGUCAUUCCCGUCCGAUAAAGACUGGGCAAGUGCGACCCAAUCGGGAGCUUAUUUACCGGACAGAGAGCUCUCGGAAAUGCUGCGAGUGCUGCAGUCGAGUGGGCGGUUUAUUGAAGCUCUCCAGCUGAUGCAAAAAAACACUACCUUGCGCUCGAAGUACUGGAGACAAAUCUUCCGCUGGGCGCUGAUACCUGCACGCAGUGACGAAGAGAACAAGAAGCUUUUUCAGCAGCUGAUCAACACGUCACUCGCUGAAGAAGACGAUCUCCAAGUGCAGAAAGAUAUCCCGCGUACGGCGAAGUGGUUAGCUGGGUCGGCGGGUGCACCAAAGCUGGAUGAGAGUGAGCGCGCUAUCAGACUGGAGCGUCUGGGGCACGUUUUGCAUGGGUUCUUGUCGAGUUGUUCGCUGGAUGUGCGAACUGAUGAGGAUCCAGUCUCACCCUCCUCAACUUCGUCUCCUCCUUCUUCCCCAAGUUUCUACAUGCAAGGGAUGAACGGACUCGCCUUCAUUUUGCUGGAGGUGCUGGAGAACGAUGAGGUUGAAGCCUUUAGAUUUCUACGUGGCAUUGUGGCUCGUAUUCUACCGCAUGUGUUCGGUAUUUGCUGUGAAGGCACCGGUCGCGACCACUUCGACCUAUUCCGCUCGCUUGUCGAAGUGGGUGACGUUCUGCAGGAAGUGGCACGACUACAUCUGCCCAACUUCCACGCUGCACUGGACAGUGCUGGGCUGCCUGUGUGUCUCCUGGCGUACAAGUGGUUUCCGACUCUCUUUUCGGACGUGACGCUGACGGCGUCGCACUCGCAGCUGCGCUUUGACACAUUGCUGUGCUGCUGGGACGUGUGUUUGCUACUGGGACUCGAAGGCAUGUUCUGCGUAGCGCUAGCGCUUUGUAGUGCGGCGGAGGACGAUGUGCUGGCUCUGGCCGCCUGUGGUGAAGCGGUGAGUCACAGCGCUGAACAAGUGAGCGCAACGGUGGGACGCGCGUUGGCGCUCCUCUCGCCGGAGGACCUGGUUACGAGUGUGUGCGAAGUGCUGGAGCUGUGCAGCCACCCAGUGCUACUGAAGCUUCGUAACGCGCACCGACGCCGGCUGAAGCUGGGAUACUCGAAGGUCGGCAACGGGUUUGCUGCGUCAGGUACAAGGUCGUCGCCGGAUCGGACUGUGGCCAAGACACCCAGUACAAGUACGCCGGCGCCUCCGAUGACGGUGACUGAUCUCGAUUCUGGCAAGGUAUUUAAGAUUUCAACUUCUGGGAACAUGCUGCUGCCCACAGCGGCGCCGCAGUAG